CAGCCGGACAGCCUCUGAGUUCCCAGCCUUUCCUUGCCACAAUGACCAGAUCCUGGCUGUGUUUAUCGUUGCUCCUCAUGGGAGCCCUGCUCCUGGGGCAGCCGGCAUGGGGGCAAGAAGAAGAAGAGCAGCCGUCCUGGGGAGAGUCCAAUGAGCCUGUCCCAGAGGAGCCUGAGGAGCAGAUGGUGCCACCUUUGGCCGAAGAAGAAGAGGGGGAUUGGGAAGAGGAGGAAAGCCUGGAAGAUUCAGACUACUGGAGGCCACGCAGCGUUGAGGACCAUGAGAGGAUGAUGGCUCAAGCGCGUAGAAGGUUUAUGGAGGAGGAGGCAGCAUACAGCGCACGGCCAGUGCAUGACUUCAUGAAGCAUAUGGCGGUGGCUCACUAUAACAAAUAUGAUUGGCAAAGCAGAUAUGGCAAUUACUACAAGCACUAUGAGAGCAGCCAUAUGGAUGUCGAGAAGGCGCAAGGGAUAAUACUCACCUUUGAGAUGACUUUGGCGAAAACCAACUGCACAAAGGAUGACGUGAGCAACCAUGAGGAUUCCGUCCCGCGGUACUCCGAUCUGUACUUGGCGAGCCAGGGUUGUGUGCUACUACCUGAAUCCGAACAGGAGAAAUACGACUGCACGUUUAAAAUAUUUCUAGAUGAGGAAUAUGGAGGGGCAACUGUGAUUGAUGAGUAUUGCGAACAUGUUCCUGGAAGAACGGAAGGAAUCUCUGAAGAGGCGGAGGUGGAGGAGGAGCAGGAGGAGGAGGAAGAAAUGUUUGAACCCUCCCUUGAAGAGUAUUGAAGAUUUGGCCUCCUCUCUGACUGCUGAUGCCCACUUUUGCUGGCAGCGGUGGGAGAGAAGCCCCCGCUUGAUUUACCCCUUUCUUCCUUCCGCACUUGCAAUGUAAUCACUUAGAUACAAGCCAGAAAACUCUCCCAAUAAAAGGAGGCGUUGGAAUCCACCGCAGUCCCCUCCGCACCCCAGAAUCACUCUCUUCCCACUGUUCCAAAGUAGGAUAAUAAAAUUGACUUGCACAAGCA